CGGAAAACGUCAGCAGACAUGUCUGCUCCGGAUCCGAAAUUUGUUGAAAAACUGAAGAAUAAGAUUGACAAUGCUGCCGUUCUUGUCUUCACCAAAACUACCUGUCCCUACUGCGUUAAGGUUAAAAAGCGUUUCACUGACUUGAAUAUUCCAUUCGGCUACUUGGACUUGGAUCAAAAGGCAAAUGGAUCCACAAUCCAAAAGGCGUUAAAAGAAAUCUCUGGCGUCGAGACAGUUCCCCAGAUCUUCUUCCGUGGAAAGUUUAUGGGUGGCUGCAGCGAUGUGGAUGAGAUAGCGGAUGACAAAUUGGUUGCGAUGUCGCAGAAAAUGGAAUAUGAUUAUGAUCUGCUUGUUAUCGGUGGUGGAUCCGGUGGUCUGGCCCUCGCUAGGGUCGUCAACUAUCCGUAUGUGUUUCCACUGCCCCAUACCAUGGGUAAAGCGGUAGCUGCACUGGACUAG